CGCGCCUGCGUGGAAAAUCGUUUUCUAGUCGUUUCUCCCUCCCUUUCUCCCAAUCACCCGCUCUUUACCUCUCUCAUCACUGCUAAAUCCAGCAGUCGUGCAAUCCAAUCAGUGUGAGUUCGCACCUAUCCAAAGAUCAGUCGACUCGCAAAAGCGCCUAUCCGAAAGUGGUGAACCAAGGAUGUAGCGCCCCAGGGGAUGUGCCCGCCAACCAACAUACCUUGCUGACUGUUUUCACAUCGAACAACGACCACGUAACUACGACGGGUGUGCGUAAUGUGGACAUAGCUGCGACCGAUUGAUUGUUGACUAUGAGCGAUAGACAAAGUGCCUAGGCAAAUUGUUGCACCUCUCUCGCUCACUCUCGAUCUCGCGAUCUCUGUCUGGCCCCGUCUCACUCUCUUGCUGUCUCUCUUUGCCUCUCUCUCUGCCUCUCUCUCUCUUUCGGCGUGUUGUUUUUGCGAAGAUUUUCACUCGUCUUUGCGGUCGAUGCUCGACGCCGAGAGCUAUGGACCCUUCGAUGUACGUCGCUUAUCCUCACCAGCAUAAUGGCGUUCCCAUGGAAUCUAAACUUGCCACUUACAUGAAUCGCCAGUCUGUUGGAGGAGCACACACUUCAAAUGUAACUAAGCAGUUGUCAAAUUUGUCCUUGGAUCCGUCAAAGAAAGUAGCCGUGGCUCCAGAGUAUAUUCCUGGACGUCAACUUGUUAAUAGCAAUAAUGCAGCUCCACAUGCUUAUAAUAACACCUAUCAUACUCCCCAAGAAAACGUUGGUGGCACAACUUAUUAUUAUGUUCAAAAUCCUGUUGUUAAUCCUAAUAUUCAACCUACUGUUGAAGAGGGAGUUGAGAUUGUUGGCAGUCCAGAUCCUCCUCCACUAGCUUAUGUCUAUCCUGGAACACCAUCUUAUCUUCAACAUCCUGUGAAACCUACAAAAGGAAACUGUAAUGGCACAGAAACUUCUAGCCCUACACAACAUCCAAGUUUCUUUAUUAAUGAAACUUUACGAAUGGAAAUUUUACAAAAGAAUGCUCUUGCACUAGCAGUACCAGACCCAGCACAAUAUCCAGAUUUACCCAAUGAAGUGGAAAAUUAUCAUGAUCUGGUACCAUUGGAAAUCUUACAAAAGCAUGUUUCAUCUGUGCUGGGCUAUCAAACAUCCACAUACAAGGCUACAAAUAUUAAAAAUGGAAUAAAAUACUGCAUUCGUCGAGUUCAUGAAUUCAGAUUACCAAACACCAAAUGUAUGGUUCUCGUUGACAUGUGGAAAAAGUUGAUACAUACAAAUCUUGUUCAACUAAAAGAAGUUUUUACUACCAAAGCAUUUGGGGACAGUUCUAUCAUAUUUGUAUAUGACUUUCAUCCUGGCUCAGAGUCAUUGUUGAAUAAACAUUUUUCACCAAGUGAGCUGAAUGGUUACUCAGAUCCAUUUUCAUCAGAUCCAAAUGCUCCAAGACCAUAUAGUCAUACAAAGAACACAAUGCUCAGGCACCAACACAAUAGUAUGCUACCAGAAAGCAUCAUUUGGAGCUACAUUAUUCAACUUACAGCAGCUCUUCGCGUAAUUCACGCUGCUGGAUUAGCAUACAGAUGCUUGGAUCCAACCAAAGUACUGUUAACUUCACGCACACGGUUGCGCCUGAGCGGGGUUUCGGUGCCCGACGUGGUUAUGUUUGACAAUAAUCACACGAAUCCACUUGCUCUUAUGCCACACUAUCAGCAGGAAGAUCUAAUUGCUCUUGGCAAGUUAGUGUUGGCGCUUGCCUGCCGUAGCCUUUUGGCCGUUCAUCGAGACAACAUGCAGUCGUCACUCGAGCUCGUCGCGCGCUCUUAUUCUAACGAUCUAAGGAAUCUCAUAAUGUAUUUAUUAUCAAAUCAAAUACGAAAAAGCGUGACAGAUCUCAUGCCAAUGAUUGGAGCUCGAUUCUAUACACAAUUGGAUGCAGCGCAACUCUGCUCGGACGUGUUGGAAAAUGAGUUGACGAAAGAAUUAGAAAACGGAAGACUAUUCAGGCUCAUCGUCAAGUUGGGCACCAUAAUCGAACGUCCCGAAUUAGCACUUGAUCCUCAAUGGGCUGAGACUGGCGAUCGUUAUAUGCUCAAGUUAUUCCGAGAUUACGUUUUUCAUCAAAUCACUGACGAUGGAAGGCCUUGGUUAGAUUUGGCACAUGUCGUCUCGUGCUUAAACAAACUCGAUGUCGGAGCACCCGAUAAGAUCUGUUUAAUGUCUCGAGACGAACAAACCGUAUUAAUCGUAAGUUACGCGGAGCUGCGGCACUGUUUGGAGACUUCAUUCAACGAGCUGGUGCAAGCAACGAAAGGCUCCGCUCAAGAGGCUGUCUAAAUGAUCGCAGGCGAAAAUAAAAAUAAAACAAACAAAUAUAGCCUCUCGGCACUUACCGCAAAUGUGAUAAAAUGACAUCCAUGCAACCGUCAGCUCUUCGAUGGACAUAUACUCUAGUGGUAAGAUAAAGGUGAGACGAACAAAAUAAACAAAAGAGAAAAGAUGAAAAAAAAAACUCAAAUUUGUAUUAGAAAGCAUUUGUUGUAAAGAAUUUUUUUCAUAAAAAAUGAAAACAUAGAAGCUACGUACAAGCAAAAAAAAUUAUCUGAAAAAAAGAUUUAAAAUCGACAUACGAAAGAUAUUAUAUAGCGAGCGAGAAUGUGUGAGUGACGAGCGCGAGAGUUAUAUAGUGGAUUCAUAAGUGGUGGAUCGCCGGAUUAUUUACGUGUCUAAAUGCGUUCUAGUGUUUUACAAGGACUGGAAAAAAACAAUGAAAUAAUUGUAAUAUACGUAUGUGCAAAAUAAUGAACAAAGAGAAUCAUGUGUUGAUGUAAAUUGAGAUAUGCAUCAAAUUCACGGCGCAUCGGCAAUGCGUUAUGCUGUUCUAUAUUACGAAUGAAGUCAACAAAACAGACAAAUUGUACACAAACGAACCUUGAGCAAGAAGAAAAAAUUGAUACCUAACAAACGAUUUUUGGUGUAUAGGAUAGAUGAUCAUUAAGUUUUAGGUACAGCUCGUAAGCAUUAAUUUUGAAAUAAAUGUUUAUUUUUGAAAGCAAUCUUAAAUAGCUGGUAUUUUUAAUCUUGAAAAAAGUUUACAUAUAUAUGUACAGACAUGUUGUCCAGUUUUUUGAAACGAGGUCUCUUCUCCUUUCAUUUUUUAUUUAACAAAUUAAUAAGCUGGCUGUGAGCCCCCGUUAAUAAAGUAGAAAUAAGCCGAGUGUAAAACUAAACAGAGUACUUUCAUGAAAAUAAACAAUAUAUUUCGAGGCAAUCGAUUAAUCAUAACUCCAAUACGUAAAACGGAACUGUAAAAUGUCUUUUACUCUCUCACUCUCUUUCUCAUUUAUUUGUAUUUAUUUAAAAUUGGCAUAUUGUAUCAUAAGUUGUGCUUAUAAUUUAGGUUUACUUACUAAAACAUAAGAACGAAUAAGACGUUUCCGCAUAAUGUCGAUAAUCUACUUUGAAAUUCACUCGAAAAGUAUUAAUAAUCCAAAAUUAAUUUUCAAAUAAAAAAAUAUUUUCUUUUUAAAUAUAUUUAUUUGUAUGAAUUGAUUAAUAUGAUAUAUGAUCGUUUAUACGACAGCUGUAAUGGUCUGCUGAUAAGUUAUGUAUAUAAAUAUUUUUUACGUAUAAUUUAUAUUUUUACCAAAAAAGAAUGAAAAAUCGGAAAUAAAUAAAUCUAAAUAUUAAU